ACCCUUCUUCUCCGGUUGAAUAUCUUUCUUUAAACAAAGUGUUAAAUGUACUGAGUAGUGCUUCUGUCGACAACUUACAUGUGGUUAUCUAUAUUGGUGAAUACAUUUUUCGUAUUGUAUCAUAGCUAUCAUGUUUAGCGUUUGUUUAUAAAUGAAGUCUUGAAUUAAUGUGAAUAUUUUUACAGGAGUGGUGCAAAUAAUCACUUGACCAGAGCCAUUUAAUUCCACUGGGCUCCUCUGAAAGAUGAUUACUGUGUCAUAACUCCAUAUAAGGAAGCAAGUAACAACAUGUCAUAAUCCAACGACCAUAUUUUGUACGUGUUUAAUUAUCUAUUAUUCAUUUAUUAAUAGGGUUUAUUAAUAGCUCUGCUUCAUAUAAAUCAUGCGAUACGAUACAACAUAUUUAGUGCAGGCGGUUUAAUUUAAUUAGGAGAUUCAUUAUAAAUAUUAAUGAAUACAGGGCCAGAACCAAGAAACUAUAACGAAAACAUACUGUACCAUCAUCUUAAUAUUUCUACAAUAAAAAAAAAAAAACAAAUAAAUAAAUAAAAUAAAAUAAAAUAAAAUAAAGAUUAAAUGAACGACGACUUUUAUUUUGAAAUUUAAAUGUUGCGCGCUCGCAAUGUUUCAGCGUUCACUGUGUGUUCCUGUCGGUCCCAGUUCAGCUCAGAGGAAUCCAUCUCGAAGCAUAUUCAGGAAAACUACAGCUAAAGUCACGGAGCUGAAAUGAGUUUUCUUGGCGGUCUGUUUGGUCCUGUGUGUGAAAUCGAUGUCAUUCUGAAUGAUGCUGAAAGCAGAAAAACAGUAGAGCUGAAGACCGAGGAUGGGAAACUGGAGAAGCAUUAUCUGUUUUAUGAUGGAGAAUCGGUUUCUGGAAAGGUAAAUAUCAAUGUAAAGCAAACAGGCAAGAGACUUGAACAUCAGGGAAUUCGCAUUGAGUUUGUAGGACAGAUUGAACUCUUCAGCGAUAAAAGCAAUACUCAUGAGUUUGUAAACCUUGUAAAGGAGCUUGCUCUGCCUGGGGAACUUGCACAGAAUCGCAGCUAUGACUUUGAGUUCAUGCAGGUGGAAAAGCCAUAUGAGUCAUAUGUUGGAGCGAAUGUGCGACUGAGGUAUUUCCUUAAAGUUACAAUUGUGAGGAGGCUGUCUGAUUUGGUAAAGGAGUAUGAUCUCAUUGUCCAUCAGCUGGCCACUUACCCUGAUGUCAACAAUUCUAUCAAAAUGGAAGUGGGUAUUGAGGACUGCCUACAUAUAGAAUUUGAAUACAAUAAGUCCAAGUACCACCUCAAAGAUGUAAUUGUGGGUAAAAUUUACUUCUUGCUUGUACGGAUUAAAAUCCAACACAUGGAGCUUCAGUUGAUCAAGAAAGAAAUGACGGGAAUUGGGCCGAGCACAACUACUGAGACAGAGACUGUGGCCAAAUAUGAAAUUAUGGAUGGGGCACCAGUCAAGGGGGAGUCCAUUCCUAUUCGUCUUUUCCUGGCUGGUUACGACCUUACACCCACAAUGAGAGAUGUAAACAAGAAGUUCUCUGUGAGGUACUUUUUAAACUUGGUGCUUGUGGAUGAAGAAGACAGGAGAUACUUCAAACAGCAGGAAAUUGUUUUGUGGAGGAAGGCACCAGAGAAAAUCCGAAAACGGAACUUCCAUCAGCGCUAUGAAUCACCUGAGCCUCGGCCGAGUCUAUCUGCUGAGCAGCCGGAAAUGUGAGCGGGGUUUAAAGAGCAACCAGCCAGGGGCACGUGUGCUUCUUUGAGACCAGUCACAGCAGAGGAGAACAACAACUUACACUGAAUAUACAUACAGAUUGCUGUUCACAUGGUCACCCUGAAUUGGCUCUAUCCACCCUGCCAUCCACAGCAAGCAAUCUGUUAGUAUACAAGGACACUUUUUAGAAAGCACUGGAAACAAUAAUGCAAAUCUCAUAGCACAUCUUCAAGGUUGCACGCCUCCCUAGAAGAGGAUAUGUUUUUAAGAGUGCACUCACCGGUAUACUCCAUGAUCUACAUAGAGUGAAAACAUAUAGGCCUAAGACACAUUUUUAAGAGCUUCCUAAUGCAUGCUGGCUGGUUAAAGUGAAUCAGAGUUCAUAAUAACAGUUAAUAAAGGCUAUGGGGCCAGUUUAAAAAAAGGUCAAGAAAUGUAUUGACAUGCAUUCUGGACAUCACCCAGGCCAUACUGUAUUUGCAAUCAAAGUUGUAAAACAUUUAAUUUAUUUAGUGUCUUCUUUAUUUUCUUUUUUUCUUAUUUGUUUGUUUGUCUUUAUGUGAAGACAAUUCUGUUCUUGAAAUAAAAAAAAAAAGUAUAUGUCUAUAUAUAAAGUAUUUAAAGAGGCUUUGGCCUAGAAGCUUUACAAAACUUUGGCAGUUUGAGUACAGUAUAUGCAACUUAGCACAGUUAUGGAUAACACACUGGCUUAGUAGUAAAAGAGGGAUACUUGAAAUUCCUAUUUAGUUUUCUGAAUUUAUUAAUUAACCAACCUCUAUUGACACACAAUAUCAGCUGCAUUGCACUCACAUUUCAUAUUGUCUAAACACCCUGUAGAGAAACUAUGGAAUUAUGUUGUAUCCAUUGCAUGUCAUCCUGCUUUAAGGUUUCUUAACAAGUGGUGAUGUUAGCGGUUUUUCACUGUGCAAAUGUGCCCUUUUUGCAUAUUUUAUGUGGGCUGUGAGAAGUAAAUUAUUAUUAUUUGGACUUUUCAAGACAAUGUUCUCUGCUUAAAAUUUAAUUCUAAAACUGUUACAUUUUCUUCUAAUGUUAUGAUUUUAAAAUUCACACUACAUUACUAAUGGAAAUGUUAAGAGUGCCCUAUGAAAAAGAUAUAAUGGUGAGUGUUUGGGGAAACGGAUCGAAUAGUUGCGGUUAGGCAACAAAGUCAUUUGUAUGUCUUGAAAAAUUGUACAUAUCCAGCCAUAGUUUGUUUAUCUGCAAAUCUGUCAAAUAAAAAAUGCAACUUUAUACUUAAA